CCGUUUGGCGCCGGUUGCGGUAAGUUCCUCUCUCUCGCUGUCUUCUUUCCGUCGUGCCGUAGCAAGUCCCUCGGCCGCCUCUGACUCUUAUACACGCUCCAAUUGCUGCGCUCCUACGGCACUGGGUAAACGGCUAGUUCAAAUGACGCGUUCCUCAGCUUCAUCAAAGAAACAGCAAAAGCGGGGAGUCGACUUUAAAAAAAUAAAGCGUAAGAUUGGCCGGAAAUUGCCCCCACCGAAGAAUGCUACGAAUACUGAAAUUAAAUCCAAAGCAAUUAUUCUUCCUGAGCAGAGCGUAGCAUCAGAAAAGCAAGGUUUAGCUGUGAACAAGAAAGGUUUGACUUUGAAAGAACUUCUUCAGCAAACAUCCCACCACAAUCCGAAAGUUCGUAGAGAUGCAUUGAUUGGUAUUAGGGAUUUAUUCCUUAAACACCCAGCAGAGCUAACGUUGCAUAAAUAUGCUGUCAUAGAAAAAUUGCGUGAACGUAUCGGUGAUGAUGACAAAGUGGUUCGAGAAACACUGUAUCAACUUUUUAAGACAGUAAUAUUCCCAAGCUGUAAAGAGGACAAUCAAGGGCUUUUCACUUCCUUAAUCAUGGCAUAUAUAUUUAAUGCAAUGACGCAUUUAUCAAUUGACAUUCGGCUCAUGGCGUUCAAAUUUCUUGACCUUGUUGUUGAAAAUCAUCCCCCAUCCUUUUUGUUGUAUGCUGAAAAGAUUCUUCAAAGUUAUGGGGAUAUUCUACGGAAGAAUCAGUUCUAUUUACAUGACAAGGGCAAGCUCAAGAAUGUUCUUGCUGGGUUGAUGCGCUGCUUGUCACUGGUGCCAUGUAAUAAAAGAGAAGUUGACUCAUGUGAAAAUAACGAUGCUGGACAAGGGAUGUUACAUGCUUUUGAACCUGACAUGCCUGCAGAAUCUGCUGGGUUUCCUCUCAUCGUCGAGAAACUAAAGGACCUCGUGCCAAUUUUAGUUAAUUGUUUCCAAGAUUUCAUUUCACUGGUUCAUACAAUGCCACUUCUCGAUGUGCAAUCAUUUGAUUGUCUUGUGGGUAUACUUCAGAGCAUAGAUAUUGCAAUCAGAUCUUUUAUUUAUGGGACUAGUAAGGGUAAGUCCGAAUACGCACUUUCUCAUGGAGAAUCAGAUGUGACAGUGCGGGAUGAAGCUAUCUCAUCAUUGUUAAUGAAGAAGGUACUAGUAGUGUUCCCCCUCAGUCCAGCGCAUCAGCUUUCAGAAAAGGAUGUGGAUAGAUAUUUUAUCUUCAAUGUUAUGAUUACGGGAAUACUUUUGCAAUUCAGUGAAUGGAUAUGCCCUGCUGCUGGCGUAAUGGAAAAAUUUCUAGAAUUUAUAGAAAAUGCGCUGCUUAGAAAGAUUUGUAGCGGAACACGAUUUGGCAAAGCAGUAUGGGAAAAGCAUUUACUUUCCCUUCUUCCUUUCUUUCCGAAACUUCUUUUACAAGUGGUGAGCAAUUGGAGGUCUCGUCUUCUUCAGGCGUUUACUAAAACUUUCAGGGAUUGCCAUCCUGAGUCUUCAUUAAAACUGGCUUGCCUUUCUACAAUUGAAGACAUGCUUAUUCCUAAAGAAGAUGGGCCGUGCCUUGAUUCUAGUGAUUCAGAAAUAUUAGACCAUCAAAUUGCUUGGAUAAGAGAGCUUUCUCCAUUGCUAAUCCUGCUAGGUGAUAAAAAUCCAUAUUGUUCCCAGGUUGCCUUGCGUCUGCAACUUCGCCUGGGCCAGUGUGCUCUGGUAAACUCUUCAUUUGCAUGGGAAUACGAAAACAUGCAAUACUCAUUACUAGAGUUUUACAGCACGUGCAGAGAUGACGGAGAUAUAUACUAUGGCCCUUUCAUAAGGCUUCCUAAAAAUUCUCAAGAACUCUCACUCUUCCUCUACUAUUUCUCUAAUUUGGAUUCACCUUUGUUGAAGUCAAUAGCUUCCUGUUGCCUGUGUCCUGAUUUGGAACCAUUUAUAUUAUUUCGAAUUGUAGAGGUUCUGCAUUCGGCAUAUGCCGCUGGACAUAUCAAAAUUACUGACCAUAUCAGUUUCUUCAUCACUUUGCUCUCACGUUUCAAAGUUUUUCCCGAAAACAUAUAUCCUGUUAUACAGAAUGACACAGAGAUUGGAAACCGUGGAACAUUUAAGUCAGUCACUAGUGUUGUUUGCUCAAACCUAUCGCAGAUGGGUGAUACUUCUCUUGUUUUUCAGAUAGUAGAGAAAGUAACACUUGGACAGAUGUUGCUGAAGCCCCCUCUAGACAACGCAUGUGCUAUGCUCAGAAUGCUUGCUAUACUGGAUUCCAAACCCACAAGACUUUCUGAGCAGAGUAUUAACACUCUAAGCAAUUUCCUUUCGGGAUACCUCAUUGAUGUUGUGCAUUGCAUUCCAGAAGAUCAUGACGAGCCCAAUGUCUCCAUUCCUAUUCUCCGUUAUUACCUCCUCCCUUGUUUUUUCUUGUUUGAUAGAAGUCACAAACUUCUGGAUCUCGUGCUGAGGAUGAUGGGGUCACUGAUAACUGAAAGUAGUUCACUGCUUUUUUCGCCUGACUAUAUCCGAUAUGCAACAGACAGUUUAAGUAGAACAAAUGCCAUUGUUUCUGUCAUUGUUUUGAUGCACAGGGAUGUUAAAGUUCAUAAAAUUCUCUCUGAACUGAAGGCAGAAACUCGCAAUUUAUUACAAAAAAUACUCUCUUUACAGUCUUCAGAGGAAAUCAGCAUGACCAUAGAAGAAAGGCACAAAAUACGGCGUGCCUUCGAUAAACUAAAAGCUCUGACAUCAGCCAAUGGUCUGCCUGCAUUGUAGGACGACGUUUGAGGAUUAAAACCUUAUCGUACAACACUUCAUUUCCUUGAGGGAAUUCGUAGGAAUGAUAACUGGACAAGGAGGAUUGCAUGAAUACCGAGCUCUCACAAUCGAAUGUGCAUCAGUUUUGGACAACCCACCUUGCCAGAGUUUUUCAGACCUGAGCAAGUCAUACUCUAGGCGACGAAGUCCCUUGGUCUGUAGUUUUCAGUUAUGUUGUAGAUAUCCACUCGGCUUCUCGAUUUUCAGAUGGAGAGAUCAAUUACAGUUGCAAUCUGUUUUUUAUUUUACAAGUCAAUUAGUUGCAAUCUUAUCCCGGCAUGUACUUAAAAAGUGUUUUUUUUUUUUUUUUGUUUUGCGAGUAUAGAUUUUUUUAUGAGUGAUUUUCCUGGUAUUGUUAAUCUAUAAGAUAUACAAUUUUGUAGUAGAUAAAUAAUGCUUAAUUUAUUCUUAACCGUGAGGGACUAUUUGCCAUUUGGAAUGGUAAA